CCCGCCUCCUUCCCGGCGCGUCCUUCGCGGCCUCCAGCCCUCCGGGGGGGGAACGAUCCCUGGCCUACGGGUCCACGCGGCGAGGGAGCUGCGGAACCUAAAUUGGUAAUAAAUCAGUAAGAAACAAAUAUUACAUUCACUCAGUGAAAAGUAUCAUGUCUAAGCUCAACAUAUAUUGGAGCCACACAUGGACAUCCCUGCCUCCUCCACUAAGAACAGAAAAUGAACAAAUCCCAGGAACAAGUGUCAUUCAAAGAUGUAUGCGUGGACUUCACCCAGGAAGAGUGGUAUCUGCUGGAUCCUGCUCAGAAGAUACUAUACAGAGACAUGAUGCUGGAAAAUUACAGCCACCUUGUCUCAAUAGGGUAUUGCAUUACUAAGCCAGACGUGAUCAUCAAGAUAGAGCAAGGAGAAGAGCCCUGGAUAUUAAAGCAAGGAUUCCCAAGCCAGUGCCACCCAGAAGACUGGGAAGUUGAUGACCUAAUAGAGAGCAGCCAAGAAAAUGAAGAUGGGCAUUUUUGGCAAUUUGCUCUCACCACCAACAAAACAUUAAAUAUACAUGGUGGUGAUAGAGUAAGGAAAACUUUCAAUCUGGGUAAAGACUGUGUUCCUUCAAGAAAUUUUUCAUAUAAGAUAUGUGCCUCUUGUGAAAUGAGUUUGAAGAAUAUUUCGGACUUAAUUAUUAGUAGAAAGAACUAUUCUGGAACAAAACCUGAUAAGUUUAAUUUACAUGAGAAAUUGCUCCUUGAUGUUGGUCAUAAGAAAACUCCUACUGGAGGGAAAUCUUAUAACUAUGAUCAAGAAAGGAAUAUCCUUAGUCAUGGCCAGGAUCUUACUCAGUUAAUUUUUGACCAGCCUUCUGAGUAUAAUGAAAAUGGACAAGGCUUACAAGAAGAGGAAGCCUUUUUCUCAAACAAGAGAGCUCAGAUAGGAGAGACACUCUGUGAAUAUAAUGAAUGUCAAAGAACUUUCAUUCAAAAUUUAAAGCUCAGUUUAUCUCAGAGAACUCAUUUAGAAAGGGACCCAUAUGAAUGCAGUAUUUGUGGGAAUUCCUUCUAUAUGGAUUUAACAUUGGGACAUCAGAGAGCUCUUACAGGGGAGAAUCCUUAUGAAUAUAAUGAAUAUCAAAUUUUCGGUGACAAUUCAACUUUCAUUAUUCAUCCAAGAACUUACACAGGGAAAAUUCCCCAUGAAUAUAAAGUAAGUCACAAAACGGGGGCGAAAUCAGCCCUCUUUAAACAUCAGAUAGUACAUGUGGGAACAAUAUCUUAUGAGCACAAAGAGAAUGGAAAUAAUUUCAACAAGAAGUCACAUCUCACCCAACCUCGAAGAGCUCACUCAGGAGAAAAAAAUUUUGAAUGUGCUGAAUGUGGAAAAACAUUUUGGGAGAAGUCAAACCUCACUCAACAUCAGAGAACACACACAGGAGAGAAACCCUACGAAUGUGCUGAAUGUGGGAAAUCCUUUUGUCAGAAACCACACCUUACCAACCAUCAACGAACACAUACAGGAGAAAAACCUUAUGAAUGUAACCAGUGUGGAAAAACAUUCUGUGUGAAGUCAAACCUCACUGAACAUCACAGAACACACACAGGAGAGAAACCCUAUGAAUGUAACACAUGUGGAAAAUCCUUCUGCCACAGGUCAGCACUAACUGUACAUCAGAGAACACAUACAGGAGAGAAACCCUUCAUAUGUAAUGAAUGUGGAAAAUCCUUUUGUGUGAAGUCAAACCUCAUUGUACAUCAAAGAACUCACACAGGAGAGAAACCGUAUCAAUGUAAUGAGUGUGGGAAAACCUUCUGUGAGAAAUCAGCUCUUACUAAGCAUCUCAGAACUCACACAGGGGAGAAACCCUAUGAGUGUAAUGGAUGUGGGAAAACCUUUAGUCAAAGAUCAGUACUCACUAAACAUCAGAGAAUUCACACAAGGGUGAAAGCUCUUUCAACAUCCUGAAUGUUCAGAAACCUUUGUCCACCCUUUCAAGUUCAUUAUUCACUUUUUAAAUAUAAGAUUAGUGAAACCCAAAGAACAUCACAAGUUACUCAAAAGUUAUGUAUUAUUGCACUUCAGAUAAUUAACACAUUAAGUGCCCAGCCUGUUUUGACUUCCGGACAGAAAGUAUAGUGUCAGUCACCAGUGACUGACUGGGCGUGUAACGUGUUAAUAUUAGAAUAAAAUCUUAUUAAUGUUUUAAAUAUUUGGAAGCUUUUAAGAAAAAAUAAAUUAAUUGUUAGAAAAGUUGUACUGAGGAAAAAUUUGUUCAUUUAAGUUAUAUGGUAAAAAUCUUUGUAGAGAAUUUAUGUUGUCUAGUAUCAUAUUC